AAAAAUUGUUAUACCAUCGUACGAAAAGUGACAUUAAGCAGCAACAUUAUGAAUAUUGUGAGAAAAAUAUCGAGAAUUUCUGUUUUAUCCUACCAAUAUGAUGAUAAACGAAAAUCUAUACGGCUUCAAAACACAGAAAAAGAACCAAAAGAUAAUUACUACUUGGUACACAUUACUCUAUUCCUACUGGGAUUUAUGAACAUGAUGCCCAUAAUGUUUUUCUCGGUGGCAAAUAACUAUUGGAUGUACAAAUUCAGGAACCCAGCAGUUAAAUACAUUCCUAAUGGACAGGAUAGAACGGAUUUGCAACAGUAUUUCCAAUCGAUAACAGGACCUUUUCAAACUGUACCAUCGGCUGUACUAUCUGUACUAACAGUGACUUAUUCCAAAUACAUAACGGAAAGGACUAUUAUAGGUUUGGUGGGUCUGACUGUGGUGACUGCUAUAUUUGCUGUGUUUCCUUUAAUCGAUACACGCAAUUGGCAACUGGAAUUCUUCGCAUUGGUCAUGGCUUUGUUAUUCGUCGACACAAUUUUCCUAUCGGCUUUCCAAUCUUCCACCAUGACGAUGCUGGCUAAGUUACCGGACGAUUAUCUGUUCCUGUUCAUAUUAGGACAAAACGGGACUUUGAUGAUAUCGAUAUUGCAAAUCGUAUCUCUGGUAGUGACCGAUUCCGAUGACAUGUCGGGAUUCAUUUACUUCGCAGUGGGAACUCUAAUGUCGUUAACCGUGUUAAUUUUCAUGCUAUUAGCGAAGCGCACGGAGGUGUAUCAACACUACGUGGAAAACGUGGAAAACAUCGAACAAUCCACCGAUAUGAAUUACUCCGAUAUCAUCGAUAUCACUAAAAAAAUAUGGCCGUGCAUGUUUUUGUUAUCAACGUCUUUAUUCAUAGUUUUUACUGUGUAUCCUUCCAUCAUGAGCUUAGUCGUUUCAGAACAAGCCAAUACCGAAUGGGGAGAUAAAUAUUUCAUACCGGUGACGGUGUUUUUCCUAUUCGAUGUAUUCGGGACGAUGGGAAAACUUCUCACUAGGAAAAUACAAAUGACGAAUUCGAAUAAAUGGUGGCACGUAACAUCAUCUGUAAUUAUGUCUUGUUUAAUCACGGUUUUUUACAUGUUUUGCAACGCCCAGCCCAGAACUCUGCCUGUGGUGUUCGACAAAGAUUGGGAAUUUAUCCUAAUGAACGUGAUAUUCGCUUUCUACAGCGGUUUUAUCAUAAACGUGUCGUUCAUGAGCUUAAAAUCCAUGUCGAUAGGCGUCGAAGACAACGCUUACUCCCUAAUGAAUCUCACCCUAUCCGUAGUCAGCACGAUUUUUUGCGCCAACGGAAUGAUCGCCGUCAAAUUAAUAGAUAUCGAUUAGAAAAAAAUGAUCCGAUUUUCAUUGAACGAACCCUUUGCAGUAUACGACGAACGCAAUUAUAUUCGAUAUAUUUACAGCGAUCGGGAUAACCGCAGGAUCGGGUCCCGGACAUCCAUACACAAACACGUCGCCGGGACGCGUGUCCUACACCGUGUAGAGCACAAGGCAAUCAUUGUCGG